GAGAGAGCGCUGAAGAUCGGGGUGUCCACAUCAGUGCUCCGAGAGUUGACUGAUGCGGGGUACACGACUUUUGGAAAGCUGUGCUUUGCUGUGUCGGCCAAUCCGACGCAGAUGGAUGAUGGAGCAGUUGACACGUGGAUUCGAAGCGUCUUGUCUGAGGCCCCGACUCCGUAUCAGACUUCAUGUCUUAGACGACUUCUCUUCGAGGCCAACUCACUUAACAUAGCAGAUCUUCAUGCCCGAGUUGAACCCCCCUCUGACAACGUGGUACGCCGGUUACCUGCAGCCGAGCGUGCAGCCAGGUCCCAGGCUCAACAGGCCAGGCUCACGGGGGUGGUUUUCGCUCCGGACACCACUCCGGCUAAUGGGUUAGUUGAUCUUUUUGUGGGUCAGUUGGAGACGGAGAUCUUGCAAUACGUUGGACCCGAGAGAUGUGUUUCGAGAGCCCAGGAGAUGAUGUCGGUGAAGGUCGAUAAGACCAUUAACAUUGACCAAGAAGGCCGCAUGCGAGUAGCAUCAAAGCCCGCUGAGCUCAGGUGUGAAACCAGCUCCGAUGCCAAAUUAAGGUCUGCGUGGAACCGCCGAUCGCUUGCUAUGGACUUAGCAGGCCUGUGCUCUUACAUUCAGGUAGAAAAGUGGGUGCAGCACCUCUUUUCUCUGCAAGCCCGAGAGGUCCCAAAAGGAAUGUCACCCAUCAGCAUUAACCAGCUUAUCCAAUCGGAUCGUGCGCUGUUCAUGUAUGCUUCUGAGAAGUUAAUGGGUAAGUUAGCGGUACCGGCAGGGGCUCCCAAGCCUUUGGAUGCCGUCAUCCAGGAUCUUAUGCAUUCCCCGGAAGUCAUGCAGUUCAUGCAGCCUGUGCCUCGUCCGCCUGAGCCAGUUGUUCCUUGGACCCCGAGGGGUGAACCGUGGACUCCCAAAGGGAAAGGCAAGAAGGGCAAAGAUGGGAAAGGAAAGAACGGUAAAGGCGAUGGCCAGCCCUCGAAACCUGACAUUCCAGAGGGAUGCGUUGUGGAAGGGCCAAGCCCUUCUACGAAUGCACCCAUAGUGGUUGAAUGCCGCGGCGUGCGGAGGCUGCAGGUGCCAAUGAGUUGGCUAAAGAUUUCUUGUCACAAGGCAGAAGGCAAGGUGAUCAAUUUUCCAAGUCAUUUGUGUGUGGAGCUUACGUUUUCUCUGGGAUUUCGGGCGUGUGUGGAACCACCCGUCGAAGCCCCGGUGCACCAGGACUCCCACAAUCUUGCAGGAAGCCUCAACGCCGUGUUUGCGUUGUCUUCUUUCUCAGGUGGAGGCAUCGUAGUGGAGGACCCUGAGGGUCCUCAGAGGGCAUCUUUCCGGGGGAAAAUUGUACAUGGCCGUGUUGUUCCCUUUGUUGAGAAUGUCAUCCUUUUCGAUGCUCAGUCCCAGAAGCAUUGGACCCAACCAUGGACCGGAUCCCGACAGGUCAUGGUCGCCUACAGCGUGCCCAUGAAGGGUCUCUCUAAGGAGGUGCUCAGCUUCGACUGGAAGGUCAGAAACGUUCAGGUUCCCAUUGUGCCGCUUGACCUUUCGCAGGCUACGGGGAUUCGAUUGCCGGGCAUCUCUGAGACCUCCCAUGAAGGUUUGCGGCUCCAACAGGCCAACAAACUUUACGAGUUCACUUUGGAUGCUAGCCGUUCUUACAACAAGUUGCAGGUGUCUAUGAAUCCUUGCAGUUGUCGUGCGACAAUUCACAUGCCCACGAUUGUCAUGGUCGGCUCGUUGUCCGUUGUCCCCGCUGAUUGCAUUACCAAGGCUAUGAAGGUCUUGCAAGAAGUCUCUUUCAAAGGGGAGAAUGCGGGAGACUCAGAAAAUGAUGUAGAAGGUUUUACCAACGAGGUCACGGUGGAAGCCAUUGACUUCUUGAUGACAUCUCGCCCCGAACAGGAAGCCGAGCUCCAUGCCAGGAUGAGUCCGUCGGUGGCAAAGGUGAUGAAAGACAAGAAGAUUGUGGCCCUCAAAACUUUACUUUCGCAGGAGGGCUACGACGAUCUUGAAGCCGUGAACUUCUUGAGUGAAGGGGUAAAAGUGUUGGGUUCCGAAUCCCAUCCAGAGUGCUUUGAGAAGAAGGUCAAACCAGCUUCCUUGACUGAACAAGACCUCCGAGACACAGCCCAGGCCCGUCGUGAGGCCAUCGUAGGUUCGAAGCAGCGUCCAAUCGAUGACGCGUGCCAGUCUCAGACCAAUGCCGCUUACAGCGCCACCAUUCGCCUCGAGCUUCACAAUGCUGACUACAUUGCAAGUGUUGCCCUCUUCAUCGCCAAACGAGUUAAAGAAGGGCGUCAGCGUUUUGGUUCGGGGGAUUGGGUUGGUAAGUGUUUGGAUCUAACUAAGGCUUAUAAACAGAUGGCACUGCACCCCUCCCAUCGCGACCUUUGCGUCACGUACUUCAGGGGGCCAGAUGGGAAGGAAAAGUUCUUUCUUCCUAACUCCCUGAUGUUUGGCGCCACGGCAGCAGUGUACGGUUUCAUACGGGUGAGUAGGUGCCUUUGGUUCUUAAUCAACAGGUGUCUAAAAGUUCCUUCCGCGGUGUACUUUGACGAUUACCCCAUCUUCACUCCUUGCGAGGGUUCAAAGGAUGCAGACGACAUGGUGAGCCAGUUCUUAUCCAUGUUGGGAUGGGACCACGCCAAAACUGGCCAGAAGGGCAAGCCGUGUGCAUCAUCGUUUGAUGUGCUGGGCAUGACACUGGAUUUGUCUCAGGUGCGCCAGGGCUUGGUGACCCUUCGUAACAAACCUGGCCGCGCAGAGAAGAUCUUGGAAGCUUUUGAGGAGGUAGACGCCCCGGAAGCCAUAACGAGACAUCAGAUUCAAGUCUUGCAUGGUUUGCUGAACUUCGCUGCGGGAUUUUUAGCAGGGCGAUCGUUGAAGCACGUGUGCUACGAUCUCCUUGAACUUCUUGAAUGGAGAGGGACUCUGGCAUUUGCAAAGCUGAAGGAGCUGGCAAGACGAACUCGUGAGAUCCUUGAAGGGUCCCCGCCACGACUUCUGUCAUGCUUGUUCGCCCCCGAUCCCAUUUUGAUCUGGACUGACGGGUCAUGGGAGAGCGGCGUCGCUGGUAUCGGUGCUUGUGUGUGGGACCCUCUGUCUUCAGCGGGACGAGUCUUUGCAGGC